UCAAAACCUAAAGAGUCCAGCCUAUGAUAUCACGUAGAUAGAGCACGUUUCUUCCCCACCUUGUCUCUGUUCAGCAGACAAAAGCUUUCAGUGAACCCUGGGAAGCUGACUUUAAAACCUUCGAUUUCUGCUUCUCAAAAUCUGCCCCUCCAUACCGAUAGAGCCUCAGAAGCUUGCAUCCAAACUCACAAGCUUUCUAAACUUCACAAAAGUCAAUUGCGAGCUCAGAACUUCGAGUCAUAUCAGCCAAUCGUCGACCACAGGGAUCCAAACCAUCCUUGCAUACCAACCCUUCUCAAGAUGUCCAGCCAACCUCUUCUUCAGACAGCACCAGGCAAGCGAAUUGCUCUUCCAACUCGAGUCGAGCCCAAAGUCUUCUUCGCAAACGAGAGAACCUUCCUGUCAUGGCUCAACUUCAGCGUCAUUAUCGGUGCACUAUCAGUUGGCAUGCUGAAUUUCAGUGAUAAGAUCGGCUACAUCUCAGCAUGCGUGUUUGGAUUAGUUGCCAUCUUCUGCGGGGCAUAUGCAUUAUAUACCUACCACUGGAGAGCGAAAUCAAUUAGACAGAGGGGACAAGCAGGAUUCGACGAUAAAUUUGGCCCAACCUUCCUCGCUGUCUGCCUACUGGGAGCCAUCAUCUUCAAUUUCAUCAUCCGAGGUGUUAUGUUGUAUAGAGAUUAACGGACACAUACGAUUAUGGGAUUAUGGAUGUACUUGUACAUGUGCUGCGAGAACGAAGAUGCAAGUGGAGGAAACUUGUACAUGGAGUGCAUUGAAAAAGCGAGCUUGGAUUAUGAGAUUGUGUAUAGGAGGGUGGUUGAAGGCAACCAUUUGGCGUUUGGGCCAGGGAAUAAUGAAAUGACCAAAGACUGUCACCAUAGCUUUUUAUGAAGUAUAUCUUUCAUGAGAGCCCAAAUGGACC